AUGGGCGACACGCCUGAGUCUGGCAUCUCUCCGCUGGGCCGAAGCCCGCGCUCCAACUCCCCUGCAAGGAAAGAUGGUAGCUCUGUGAACGAUAAGUCGACUCUAUCGACUGACGCCGCCCGGUCACGCUUCCCGCUACGGGGCUCUUCCUUACGCAAUCCCAUCGCCACGAAUGAGACGAAACACACGCCGACCGCGAGCCCAAACGGCGCGCCCGUCAUAACGCGGUCUGCCCCUACCGGCGAACCUCUCUCAGCAGAGGAACCAGACGAGUUUCCCUUCAACACCACUACCGCAGCGCUGAAGCAGCAGCCUACGAACGAGCUCGUGAACCGUCCUUCGAGCGUCAAAGAACCUCCGACUCCAGCUCGGCACAUGAAUGGUUCUCCAAGUCUGCCACAACACACAUUUACCCCAAUUUCGAGACGAGGGACAGUCGAAGGCGAUGAAUCUGAUGCAGCGCCGAAAGGACGUCGAAGUGUGCAGUUCGCCCGGAACACCACCUUCAAUGAUGAGCAACAGAAUGCGCAUUCGCGGCAGCAGUCAUGGGAGGGCGAGGAUGUAGAUGGAAAGGGCAAGGAGCGGGAGCGGCAGGGAUCUUCUCUCAUGACCAAGCUGAAGGCAUUGGCAGCUAAUCCGAUGGGCCUCCAAGGACACGGGCGGAGCUUGAGCGCCCUCACCGAUAAUUCGCCUCGCGGCCAGCUUUCACCUGCGUCUGAGCGGGAUGAGUUCCGCUUCGACCCACACGACAGCGAGGCUGAUGCCGAUGCUGAGGAGAGCGCAGGAGAGGGUCCUUCACGACCAGCCAGAAGAAGAAGGAAAAGCCGGCGGUGGUUCGACGAUAGCGGAGAAGGCACACAGACAGCACCCACGACGCCUCGACACACCACCUUCGCUUCCCGCGACCGCGAUUCACCCAAUAUUACGCCAACCGCAAGCCAUGUGCACCGACCAACCUUCAUGCGUCGCGGCACUAUGAGCGAUAUCCCCGAGAAUAGACAAGGCGUGUCCGAAGAUGAGGGCCGAGAUCGUCUGGCCAAGGAGAAUGCCUGGACACGGGGCUUGCACAGUGCAAGAGGGCUUUCCUAUGGUGGUCUCCGCCGCCACGACACUGAAGGGGAAGAAGGUGAAAGACGACCGAGUCAUCUGCGCAGACUGACAGCGUUCGGCGGGGGCAGCAAUGAAGGGCCUCAGCCAUCACCCUGGCGGCUACGAAGCGAACGUACGUCAAGUCUCAGCGCUCAAAAAUGGAAGCAGAUCAAGAACAGUCUCAGGGUGUUCGCCAAAAGCGCAAAGGCCACCGACCGCCAGAUGGACCACGCCAAAUCCGCUGAGCUCAUGGCUGAGCUGUUGGCCGGUGCACCCGCUGCCUUGUUUCUUGCGAGUAUGUUUCAGCGCGACGAGCAUGAUCGGAAGCGCGUGCCUAUUUUGCUGGAGCAGCUGAAGGUAUCCAUUAUCGACUCGGAACAGCUGGAAUCGAAGGAGGGUAAGGAAGACAAACCAGAAAACCGUCACAUCAACCUCAAGAUCGAACUGGAAUAUGGCAGUGGGCUCACUCGCAUGAAGUGGGUCAUAAAGCGAUCCGUCAGGGACUUUGCCAACCUGCAUCUGAAGUUCAAGCUCCAAGAAAAACAGAAUUCAUUCCUGAACCGAGACGCAAAGAAAAAGGAUGCGAAAAAGGACCUAACUGCGAAAGGCAAGGAGAAGUCCGAGGAGAAAGACCCAGAGAAAGAUGAUCACAUCCCGAAGCUCCCACGCUUCCCUCGCAGUGCAAUUCCUUAUCUACGUGGGUGGCGAGGCUAUGGUAUCUUGAACGAGGAAGAAGAAGAGGAAGACAAAGAGGAAGACGAUGCAGAAGGGAACGAAACUGAUCGUCCUGGUAAACCGAGUCGACUGAAGUCCACCCUUGGUCUUGCGCGUCGUAAAUCCAGCAUCGGUAGUCCCGACCAGGGUGGUAGCUUCAUCGGCCAAUUAGCUGUUAGACAAGGCAGCUUCGCAGGGGCCGUUGGAGUGCCUCAGCAGAACAAGCAGCAAGCUUAUCAGGAGAGGCAACGGAAGAAGCUGGAAAGGUACCUGAAGGAGCUCAUCACCUACUUGAUCUUCCGGCCCGAAAGCAAUCGCUUAUGCAAAUUUCUGGAGUUAUCAGCCUUAGGCGUGCGAUUAGCUGCUGAAGGUGGCUAUCAUGGAAAGGAAGGCCUCAUGAUGAUCCAGUCUUCCAAAGGUGUCGAUGCUAGGAAGAAGUGGACCCCGUCGCCUUUCAUAACACGACACUCCCCCAAGUGGUUUCUCGUGCGCCACAGCUACAUUGUUUGCGUCGAUUCACCCGAGGAGAUGAACGUUUACGAUGUUUUCCUCGUCGACUCUGACUUCACUAUUGACGACAAAGGGAGAGGUCUACGGGAAAAGAAGGCUCGGCAUAUUGCCAGUGAAGCUAAGGCAUCAGCAACUGGACACCAUCUUUUGCGGGUGAGAAACUCGGAACGCAAGAUGAAGUUGCUUGCCAGAAACGAGAGGCAACUCAAGCAGUUCGAGGAGUCCAUCCGCUUUAUGUCGACUAACACCGAAUGGAACAAUCCCCAUCGCUUCCAAAGUUUUGCGCCUGUCCGAAAAGGCAUUUACGCGCAGUGGCUGGUAGACGGUCGCGACUACAUGUGGAAUGUCUCCCGCGCAAUAAGUAUGGCUAAGGACGUUAUUUAUAUCCACGAUUGGUGGUUGAGCCCGGAACUAUACAUGCGACGACCGCCUGCCAUCAGUCAAAAAUGGAGACUUGACCGUCUGUUACAACGGAAAGCGCAAGAAGGCGUGAAAGUCUUUGUCAUCAUGUAUCGCAACAUCAACACGGCCAUCCCAAUUGACUCUGAGUAUUCCAAAUACUCGUUGCUUGACCUGCACCCGAACAUCUUCGUCCAACGAUCGCCAAACCAGAUCCGACAGAAUACCUUCUUCUGGGCGCAUCAUGAGAAGAUCUGCGUGGUUGACCAUACCAUCGCCUUCUGCGGUGGCGUUGACCUUUGCUUUGGCCGAUGGGAUACACCUCAGCAUGUCGUCACCGACGAUAAGCUGACUGGGUUUGAAUUGGAUGACAAUCCUAAAGAUGCCGACCACUGCCAGCUCUGGCCUGGAAAAGACUACUCCAACCCUAGGGUUCAAGACUUCUUCAAUCUCGACAAGCCCUACGAGGAGAUGUAUGAUCGAAGCAAGGUCCCGCGUAUGCCCUGGCACGACAUUGGUAUGCAAAUCGUUGGCCAACCUGCUCGAGAUCUGACUCGCCAUUUUGUUCAACGUUGGAACUACUUAUUACGGCAACGAAAGCCUUCCCGUCCAACUCCAUUCUUACUUCCACCGCCAGACUUUGAUCCUGCCGACAUCAAGGCUCUUGGUCUAGAUGGAACGUGCGAGGUACAGAUUCUUCGUUCAGCCACAUCCUGGUCGCUAGGAACACCUAACAAGACCGAGCAUAGUAUCAUGAACGCGUACGUGCAGAUGAUUUCAACUUCGGAGCACUUUGUCUAUAUCGAGAAUCAGUUCUACAUUAGCAGCUGCGAGGUCCUAGGCGCGAAGAUCGAGAACAAGAUUAGUGAUGCUAUUGUGGAUCGUAUCAAACGCGCGCAUAAAAACCAAGAGGACUGGAGGGCAUGCAUCGUCAUUCCGCUCAUGCCAGGUUUCCAGAAUACCGUCGACCAGCAGGAAGGCAGCAGUGUCCGUUUGAUCAUGACAUGCCAGUACCGUAGUAUAUGCCGUGGCGAAACGUCCAUCUUUGGCCGUCUACGUGCAGCUGGCAUUGAGCCCGAAGACUACAUUCAAUUCUACGCUUUGAGAGCUUGGGGAGAGAUUGGUCCGCAGAAGUCUCUUGUCACAGAGCAACUUUACAUUCACGCGAAGUGCAUGGUCGUUGAUGAUCGCGUUGCUAUCAUUGGAUCUGCAAAUAUCAACGAGCGCUCCAUGCUCGGCUCACGCGACUCUGAAGUUGCAGCUGUGGUACGCGACACUGAAGUACUUGAUUCCUACAUGGCCGGGGAACCCUACAAAGUUGGUAAAUUCCCUCACACGCUUCGCAUGCGUCUCAUGCGGGAGCAUCUGGGUAUCGAUGUAGAUCACAUCUUUGCAGAAGAGUGGGAGAGCCGUCAAUCCGAAGAUGAUAGCGCCGGUUUGCAAAGCGAGUCUUCUGUGCCUUCGUCUCCGACUGGGGACCGCGAGACCGAACAGAAACUGACAGAGAAUAAGCAUCGACUGGAAGAUGACCUGAUAACCCGAGCUGAGAAGCUUCACAGCUUCAAUCAUGACAUUGAUUGGGAGCAAGAGAACAAUCCGCACCUGAAACCUAACAAGAAGCCCACGGCCGACGCGAGGGUGUCGCAUAAUCCAGCACAUCAGAAGGAUGUCCGCGGUGAAGGUGCAGAUCACAUGCGCGAGAUUGAGAAUAGGCAUCCGAGCAUCUCGCGUGCUCGUGAUUCGUAUAUCAAUGACAAGGGCGAAGAGAUUUUGAUCAACGAUAUCGCGGCUGAGGGGGUGUCUCAAACGCCAAAGAAAAGCUCCACAAGAAGAGGCCGCAGUAACACUGCUACGAGCAGAACGACAGCGCACAGCGGCGUUCCUGAGGGGUAUGCUGGCCUGCCUCCACCAAAGCUGCCGCGUAUGGAUACCAGACAACUUGGCCUUCCUCAGCUCAGCCAGUUGCCCUCCCUACCUGCACUAGACGAUACCGAUAUCGGGGGCCCGCCUUUGCAGCGCACUUUCAGUUACGAAUCAUCGUCUAUCAUCAACCCUCUCCUAUCUGAGAUGCGGCGACCUAUUGUCACAGAGGAUUGCAUGCGCGAUCCACUGAACGACGCCUUCUACCUCGACAUUUGGCACGCUGCAGCAGAAAACAACACCAAGCUUUUCCGGCAAGUCUUCCGUUGCAUGCCGGACAAUGAGGUCAAGACAUGGAAGGAAUACAAAGAAUACGCCGCCUUUUCCGAGCGCUUCAGCCAAGCUCAAGGCGCAGGCAAAUCGUCCACCCGCAAACAGCAAGAAUCUCCGGGCAAGACUGGACCGCCAGGUGCUGGCUCUGUCAGUACCACGGCCGAAAAGCUUGUUGCCAUGCCCGGUAACACUAUUAGAGCGGCCGAAUUUUUGGGUGAGAAGCUGAACGAGAAGAUGUCGAGGGACUCCCGCGAUGACGGCAACAAGCUUGGCAAGGUCGAGCAAUGGGCGGAAGACCAGGAGAAGAGACAGCAGACUUCGCUCCGCGUAGACACCCAUGCUAAUGGUGAGAUCGACGAGAAGAUCGCGAUGCGCACCAGCACGAGCGACGAUCCUCCCGUUGUCUCACCCAUGAACCCAGCUCCACCAACGGAAACAUUCACGUUCCCUCCUCCGCCUCCCGAGCCUGAAAGUACCACGGCAACUAAUGACUUUGCGACUGCGAACGGACGCCCGCGCACCGUGACUAUCUCGGAACCGCAGCGCGAUGGCGUGCCAUUGCGCAACCAUGCCAGCACUAUGGGCAGCAAGCGCUCGCGGCGCCGCGCAACGACCAAGAGCAGUGCUCGAGCGUUCCAUGCCGGCGACGCGGAGCAGUUACUCGACAAGGAGGACGCGAAGAAGCUGCUGGACCUUGUGCAGGGCCAUCUUGUCGUCUGGCCGUAUGAGUGGCUGGAGGCGGAAGAGACCAAUGGGGGCUGGCUCUACUCUGUCGAUCAGAUUGCGCCUUUGGAAAUCUAG